AUGAGCGCGCCUGAAUCCAACGCGACGAGGUCUACAGCACCCGGCACAGACUCUACCUUUGUCCACCAGGCUUCAUCUUACAACGAUUGCGUGACGUGUCGCAUCAUAGGAAGCGGCGCGUUCGCUGCCACUGGCAUCUAUGCACUGAGAAUGGCCCGUCCCGGUGCCUCUGGGAGUGUGGUUGGCAAAAGGAUUAUGGGUGGGCUAGGAGUUUGUUUUUUAGUGGGGAGCGUACUGAGGUGGCGGAUGUGA